AUGUUUACUGAUGGGAGCAGCUUCAUGGACCACGGACUUCGAAAGGCUGGGUAUGCAAUAGUAACUCACCAGGAGGUCCUAGAAGCAGAAGCCCUCCCUCCAGGUACAUCUGCCCAAAAGGCAGAACGCAUAGCCCUCACGAGAGCCCUACAUCUUGGAGCUAAGAGAAAGGUAACCAUUUAUACUGAUUCUAAGUAUGCCUUCUCUGUCGUGCAUGCACAUGGGGCUAUAUGGAAAGAGAGAGGUCUACUAACUUCAGGAAGAAAAGAGAUUAAACAUGCAGAAGAGAUACUGGCCUUGUUAGAUUCUGUUAUGAUGCCACAAAAAGUGGCCAUAGCACAUUGCCUGGGCCACCAAAAGACUGAUAGUUAUAUAGCUAAAGUAAAUAAUCUGGCUGAUCAGGCAGCCAAACAGGCAGCCAGAACAAAAACCCCAAAUCCUAAGGCCCUAGCACUCAUCCCAAGUAUGGAUUUGUCCCUGUUUAAGCCUCAGGAUUCAGAAACGGAUUUAAAUAGAGCAGAAGAAUGGGGAUUUCAUACAGACUCUUGA